GAAAGUUCUAUACACAAAUCCAAUCUUGACCUCUCUCCCAAGCUCUUUAGUUUCUGAGACCCUUUCUACAGAUUAGAAGUUUUGAUUUUUGUUAUAUAGGUUUUUUUUUUUUUUUUUUUGUGUCCUCUCAAGUGAUUUUAUUUUUCGGAUCAUCAUUUUCUUUGAAACCAAACAAUAGAUUCGAGAGGGUCUGUCAGCAGAAGCUUCUUGUAUGAAGCUUCGGGUUUUAUGAUUUGAGUUUUUGUUCUUUUUCUUUCUGUAUAAAGUUUUCUUAGUUUGUUUUCUCUUCUCUUAGUUUUGGAUGUUAUUACCAACUUUCUCGAGAAAAUCUUCAUCGAUUUUCCACUCGCACAGCAGGCUAUUGAUCGUGUUAUUUUGAGAUCAUCGCCUUUUUCUUUUCCUUUGGUAUUAUCAAUUUUUAGAUCUUUGUAAACUGUCAAGAUCUCUGACUAUGGAGGCAGUUCUCGUUCCUUGUUCACCGGAACAAUCCAUUUCUCCGUACAGGCAAAUUAGAAACCCUAAGAGAAACAACCGCCGAUUCAUUUCCAAACCUUCUGAAAACCUUUCUCCUUCAAGAAACAUUCAUGGCGGUCUCUUGUUAGCGCCUCCUCCUUCUCUUUCCUCCUCGUUUCACUCAUCAGCUUUGCUUUUCGAUCAUCAUCCUCAUCAUCAACAACCACCUCUCCUUCCCCUACCAGUCCCCAAAACCUACGCUUCUCUUCCUCCACGAAGCCCUCCUAUCAACAAAAAGAACAAAAUCAGAGACCAAUCUCUAACGCCAAAGAAAUCAAAGCCUUCCAGUAGAAGUCCUAAGAAGGAAGAUUCGAAAUCAACAGCAAUAUCAGAUGGUUCGGUAAUGGCAGCAUCCACUAACAGGCUAGGACCGGAACCGAAGGAUCUUCCGAAAGACGCAGUUUCUAGGAUUUUGACAUCAGGAAAUAUUGUUAUUGAAGAUUUGGACAAGUUUUCUGGUUCGGUGUUCACACUCUCCCCUCCUCCGAGCAGUUUGCCUUUACCUAAGUUCUCUCUCAGGCCGAAGCUCAGUUGCAACGCCGAAGCUGCCGGAAUAGAUGCCGGUGCGACGGACAAUCUCCGUCGACUUUUACGACUCCCAUGAAAACGCUCGUCUUUCUCUAUGCAGGCUCUUGUUAUUGAAAUUUGAAAACGAAGUGAGGGUGUUAUGUGUAAAUAAAAGCAUAAAUCGAGGGUAUGCUCUGAAGACUGUGUUGUGUAACUUAUUUGUUGUUUUUGUUUUCCAAAAUGUUUGUGAUCACCACCUGUGUUUUUGAAUUGGGGUGCACAAAACUGCGUGUAUUAGGAGGCUAGGAGCUAGGUGCCUAGCCUUGGGCGAGCCCUUUUAUGUUUACUUUCUAUGUAGUUUUCUUGUUCUAAUUAAAUGUAUUUUCGGAUCUUA